GUUGUCCAGUGUGGCUGAAUUUCUGUCAACGUUGCCAUCUCGCCCUGUUCGGUAGCCUACCUAGGCUAAUAGGCUAUGCACGUUAAAACCCGUGGAACUCAACCCUCCCGUUCCAUCCUCUCCCUUCCUCAUCACACCGUCCGGUGAACUGCUAUCAUGGAGCCGAAAAAUAACGGGACAACGACGUCUUUUUUAUAAGGACGUCUCUGCUACUGUCUUUUCGUUUCGGGUGGUGAAUUCCGUGUUCGUGUCGGAUUACGGCGAUGAGACAGUGGAACUAUCAUUUUGUUGUCUUGGAUUAGCCCUGUAAAAAAAUAUGAGAUUACAUCGACAUUUCGGCAGUGAAAAAAAAUUCCGUGACAUCUUUUGUUUGAUUCUGGAACCGGGAUUAAUGUAAUGUAUAUCUGCUUGAUUACAUUUUGUAACAUUGACGAACUGAAAGCGCUGCAGUCCCUGCAGCAGACAGUGACAUUGUGACAACGACAACCACACUGGAUUUUUAAUCUGCGCUCAUCACAAAUGAAAGACGUCUCUUCCUUAUUAUAUUCCAUAUUGACUAUGUUUGAUUACAGUCUAUAUUCUUUAGAUGACAUUGAAUAGAAAUUAUCGCGCUGAUAUAGAAAUCAUUGCGCCCCUUCAAAAGCACUGCAAUGCGAUGGUACCCCGUUUCAGUGAUGCCGCUCUUCAUCGAGGAUGCAACAACGAUGAGUUUUUACCAACAGCAAAAUGGCACAAUGCACUGGUCUAAUGUAUUAGGCUACUAUUGACCAGUUUAUUUUGAAGAUAACUUUUUUAAUACAUUUAGGUAUUUUGGUAUUUUAUUAGGAUCCCCAUUAGCUGUUGCGAAAGCAGCACAUUGAAGAAAACUACAUGAACAUUGCACAGCUAAAUAAUUUCAAUCAAUUGAUUUAUUGAUGGAUUAUUGAUAUCUCCAACCUGCUGGUACAAGACACUUUAUUUUAUUGCCUGAGCAAUCUGAACAGACACAAUUCCCCCCCAGUAAAACUGAGAGCAGAAAUUAUCUGUGAUGUUGGACUUCAAAAUGAAGGAGCUGUGUCGAAUCUGUGCCCGUGAGCUCUGCGGUAACCAACGGCGAUGGAUCUUCCAUCCCGCCUCCAAACUCAACCUGCAGGUGCUGCUGUCCCACGCCCUGGGCAUAGAGCUGACCCGCGAUGGCCGUGGGGAGUUCGCCUGCUCCAAGUGUACCUUCAUGCUGGACCGCAUGUACCGUUUCGACACAGUGAUCGCCCGUGUGGAGGCCCUGUCCCUGGAGCGCCUGCACAAGCUGCUGCUGGAGAAGGACCGGCUUAGACAGUGUGUAGGAGGCCUCUACCGGAAGAACAAUACUGAGGACCAGACCCCGGAUCAGACUGGGAUGGGGAUGGGGCUGGUGGGUACUGGGGAACGAGGGACAGAGGGUGGUGGGCGGUCUGAGGGUGACUCCCCAGUGGUGGACCUCUCAGCCCUGCAGGAGGCCAGGUACAGCGCCCUGCUCCAGGACGACCUGGCCUACUCUGUGUACGAGUCCUGGGCCGACCACGAGGACCAACAGAGCCCAGCCCCAGAGCCCCAGCACCAGCACCACACCCAGCAUCAUCACCCUCAGUGCCCAGGAUCAGAGACUCUCUCUGGGCAUCGCUCCAGGCGGUGCAGGGGAUGCGCCGCUCUCCGUGUGGCCGAUUCUGACUACGAGGCUGUGUGUAAGGUCCCUCGGCGGGUGGGCAGGAGGAGCACGUCUUGUGGACCCUCUACCCGGUACUCAGGCAGCACCAUGGGGGGCGAGGAGACCUCCACAGGGUCAGAGUCCACGCCUGUCCCCUCCGAGUCCCCUCCCAUGGAACCAGAGAGCGACAGGACGCUGUGUGACGGGGACCCAGAGAGGAUGACCCUCAGCCCGGGCACGUCGGUAGAAUCUCUGGACACAGCCGUGGACGUGGCUCGGCCCUGCGCCGCCCACCGAGAGGAAGAGGAGAGAGAGAGAGGAGAGAAAGAGCCAGGGAGGGCUCAGAGAAGUGACCCCCACCUCCAGUGGGAUGAGGCCCCCAGGGACAGGUCAGUCUCUGGGUUGACCCUGGAGCUGGCUCUAAGUCUAGUGAGGAACUGCGAGUACAGACCUCUAAAGUCCCCUCAAGGCAGCAAGCUCCCUAUCCUAGUUAAACCCAAACUGGAGACGGGUCUCCCCCUGUCCCUCAGGACCCCAGACUAUUACCUCUACUCCCACCCUGCCAUCCCAGAUCUGGUGACCCCCAGCAGUCAGCAGGAGCUGCAGACAGAGCUGUCAGAGAUGGAGCAGCAGUGGCUGGAUGACUAUGUGCAGUGUGGGCCCUUCCGCUUCCAGCAGAAACUGCUAGAUGAGCAGCAGGGCCAGUUGUCCCAGUACGAGAGUGCUGCAGGUCACUGUGUUGGUGAGCUCCUGAAGGCUCAGCUACAGGUCCACUCUCUACAGGCCAAGAUCAGAGAGAGCGAGGCCAGGAACCAGAAGCUGCAGGUGCAACUGGGGGACAUGGAGUGUGAGCUGCGCUUGGUCAGAGAGGAGGCACAGAGACAGGAACGAAACGUCCUCAACCUCACUGACACUGUCAACAGCAAGGAGACUGAGGCAGCAGAGUUAUACCGGGUCAUAGAGGAACAGAACAACAUGCUGUGUUCUCUCAAAGAGCUGGCCAACAGGAACCAGCUCCAGACUCUACAGGUGUCUGGGGCGGAGUCAGUGCGAGGGCAGGGGAAGGCGCUGGCCCUCCAGGGCUCUCUGUUCCAGGCCCAGCUGGAGCUGCAGGCAGGCCAGAGGGCCCAGCGGCAGGCUACCAGGAGGGAGGAGGACCUGACCAGAGCCCUGACCCGCCUGGAGCAAGACCUGCAGGGGGCCAUGGAGCACAGACACAGCACUGACAGACACAACCAGGACUUGCAUCUGGCGCUGGAGAAAGUUCGCUCCGAGCUGCAGCAGAGAAAGGAACAGCUGAAAGAAAAGGAGGGAGAGAGACUGAGAGAGGAGGAGGAGAUGGAGAAGACCAUCAGAGAGCUGAGGACCUCGCUUCAGAGCAAAACGCAGCUUGUGCAGGAGUACUCAGAGUUGUUGGACCAGCAGCAGGAGCCCAGGGACAAGAGGGAUUCUCUCCUCACCAAACUGAAAGAGCGCAUCAAGGAGAGAGACAGAGCACUGGAGCGAGCGGUGGAUGAGAAGUUCUGCUGUGUGGAGGAGAAGGAGGGAGAGCUGCGCCAGCUACAGCUACUGCUGAGAGAGAAGGAGAGAGACCUGGAGAGACAACGUUGUGUACUGUCCAACAACGAAGAGACCAUCAUGAGUCUGGAGGUGCUGGUGCGUGGGAAAGGUCUGGAGCAGGAGCAGGUGUGUGAGGCGUGGAGGAGUGUACAGUGCCAUCACGCAGACAGUGAGGAGAGACACAGCCGCAGCUUGAGAGAGAGAGACACACUCAUCAGCCAGCUACAGAACGCCCUGCACACACGCACCAAGGAGGCUGAGGACCUGACUGGAGCCCUGCUAGGUAAGGUGAAGGCAGGUCCCAGUGAGGUGGUGGAGGAGCUGAAGGCUCGCCUCUCUCUGAAGGAGAAACUGUUCCAGGAACUGCUGUCCGACCGUAGCCGCCAGGCCCAGGAGCACCACACACUGGUUCAGGACCUGCUCAACACCAUCAACACCAGGGACCAGUACAUCCAGGACUCGGCAGGUCGUCUGGGUGAGGUGAUGAGUGAGCAAACUGAACGUCUCCAGGAGCUCCGCAGACAGCUAACCUCUGGCUCCCAGGCCUACGGGUCUCAGCUAGGCCUCCAGGGUCCAGACCUCCAGGGGACCAGCCAGAACUUCCAGGCCCUGCAGGAUGAGCUGCGUCUGGCCCUGAGGAGGGAGAGGGAUGCCCAGGCUGAGCUCACAGCCCUCAGGACCAUGGCAGGCCAGACAGACAGGCCAGUCGACAGACAGGCAGAGUUUGGAGAAUUCAGCUCAGAGGAAGAGGAUGAUGUCAACAGUGACUAUGCAGACAGCACAGAGGAAGAGGAGUCCAAACUGACAGCUCAAACCCUAGCCACCAUGCAGAACCCAGAGCUUCGUGGAGGACCUGGGAUGGGAAAGCUAUCCCAGGAUGCUGUGGGAGAGGGCCAGGGGCUGGUGGAGGUGAAACAGUUGGUGCAACAGAAGAGGGUGGUGGAGAGAGAACUGCAGGAGCUUAAGGUUCAGCUGGAGAAGGCUGGCUUCUCCUCCCUGUCCCAGAUGAGGAAAGCCCUCUUCAGCCUACGCAUGGAGAAUGAGGAGCUGAAGUCUCACCAGACAGAGAGACAGCCAGAGACAGACCUUAGGCAUGAACAGAUUAUUCUGGAGGAAGAGGAGGAUGAAGAAGAGGAGGAGGAGGAGGACCUUUGUGGGUCUGAGCUGUGGGAGGCCUGGGAUGAUGAGUGUCCGUCCCAGGGGAAGUGCUGUGCCCUCAGGCCCACCCUGAGAGACCUUAGCCUAGGGAAGAGACACUGCACUAGGCCUGUCUCUCUGGACCUGGGAGCCCUGCUGUCCCACUCCAUACAGGAUGAGGAUGGUGAGGAUGAUGAGGAGGCAGGAGGAGAGGCUGGAGGCAGGCGGCACAGCGCCACGGAGACGGGGAUGGUUGAGAAGGCUGUACAUCUGCAGCUAGAGAGCAACGAGCUGAAGGAGAGACUCAUGGUGUCUGAGGCCACGGUGCAGGCCCAGGCUGAACAGAUCAAAGACUAUAGAGACCUACUGACGGAGACGUCAGUGCAGCAGGACAGUAAGCAGGUCCAGGUGGAUCUCCAGGACAUGGGUUAUGAGACGUGUGGUCGCAGUGAGAACGAGGCUGAGCGGGAGGAGGCCAGCAGCCCAGAGUUUGACGAUCUGGAGAUGUGCACAUCUCUGGAGUGCAGCGGCGCUCAGUGGUGGUCAGGCGCUGUGCAUCCUGGGAAGGCCGGUCCUCCAACAUCAACCUCCGAGGCUGACAACAUGACAUCUCUCCAGCGAUUGGUUGAGGACCUUCGCUCGCAGCUCUCCCGCUCUCAGACAGUGAUCCGGGGCCUCCAGGGCCGCCUGCGCUCUCUUUCUACCCCCAGCGAACCCUCCAACGGCCCCUCCACCCCCCGCAAGGUCAACUGGGGUGUCCAGUUCCAGGCCUCGCCCUCACAGAGCGGCCCGGAGGAGGACGAGGGCUGGGAGUCAUCUGGUGGUGGUCUGGGGCCCUCGCCGCGCCACCCCAAACCUGACAAGGACCUCCAGGAGCUGGUGUCCCGCGUGGGAGCCCUGGAGGACCAGCUGAGAAAGGGCAAAGGGACCCCAGGGCCCACUGAGGAGGGCAAGGCUACCACCUGGCCUGGGCCAGGGAAGUUUGACACUCUGAUCCAGGCCCAGGCCCGUGAGCUGUCCCACCUGCGUCAGAGGAUGCGUGAGGGGCGCGGGGUGUGCCACAUCCUGACCCAGCACCUGGGUGACACCACCAAGGCCUUCGAGGAACUGCUUCGUGCCAACGACAUAGACUACUACAUGGGCCAAAGCUUCAGAGAACAGCUGGCACAGAGCAGCGCCCUGGCACAGAGAGUCAGCACCAAGAUCAGCGGACGAGACCAUCCCGAGAUUCCUGACGACAAGACUGGCACAGAGCUGCUCGCCAUACGGCUGAGUAAGGAGCUCCAACAGAAGGAUAAGGUGAUCGAGUCUCUCCGUGCCAAACUCACCCAGCAUCAGCCUCGUUCCGACACACCAUGCAGUAGCCACGCCCUCUCUGACACCACCGACCAAUCAGAUCACAUCUCCUUUGUGUCCGAUGAGCAGGGCUCCACCAAUGAGGACCUGGAGCUGUGCUCAGACAUUGACGCAGCCAGCGAGUAUGGCCAGGAGGACAGAGGUGCCUCCACCAGAGCCAGGACAGAUUCUCACUGUAACAGUGUCCCCAUGUCACGUCACCCCUCCAUCCCUCCUUCCACCACUUCAUCCCACGGACACCAGUCUUCCAUCAGCUGUCCCAGCCUGCAGCGGUCAGCGGACACACAGACACAGACAGGUUUUGCCGUUCCUUCAGCCAAGCCGUUUGGUGGCUUCCCCAUAUCGGCUCACCCCCACCCCCAACCCCAGACAGACCCCUCCAGUUACCUGCCCCAGCCUCUGUCCUACCACACCUUCCACCCCGCUGGUCUGAACGCUAGCCUCAACGCUAGCCCUGCCAUGAAGGCAGGCGCCAGUCUCCUGGAGAGUAGUGCAAUGUGGGACAUGGCCUACGGUGCUCGGUCAGUGAGAGUUGGCGCUGCUGAUUUGUCAUCAGGGUCGUCAGGGUACCAAUCUGGUACCAGCCAUACAGGUUCUGACCUGAUGAACGAGCACCUGAGAGAGAUCAGGAGUCUACGUCAACGCCUGGAGGAUUCCAUUCAGACCAACGACCGCCUCCGACAGCAGCUGGAGGAUAGACUGGCCAACCAAGCCAGAGAUAAAGGUGCUCCCACCAACAUCUACAUCCAGGGCUUGGACUCUGUCAGCCAGCUGUCCAGUGAGAUCCGAGUUCUGAAAGCGGAGAACCUCAGCCUGCAGGCCCGACUCCAACAGGCCAGCAGAGAAGGCAGUAAGGAGGUGGAGCAGCUGCGGGAGGCGGUGCUGUUGGGGCGUGCCCGUGUGAAGGAGGCGGAGUUAGAGACAGAGCGGUGGGCGGAGCAGGGCAGGAGGCUGCAGACGCAGACAAAGGCUCAGACCCUGGAGAUCACUCAGCUGAAACAGGACAGGCAGAGCAACCAGGAGGCCAUCAACAGGUUGCAGCACGAUGUGAAUGUCCUGCAGCAGCAGUUGUGUGAGAGCCGUGGCCUGGCCCACUCUCUACAGUAUGACCUCCAGAUAUACCACAGAGUGUGUGGUGUCCCCAAGAACACACACACAGGUGAGGGGUCACACUCAUGGGAGUCUGCGCCCUUUGACCACAGGGACCUGCAUGUUCAGCUGGGGCAGCAGUUGACUUCUGGGACACGCCCUCCUGGAGCCAGGAUACAGCUCUUCCACGACCCUGCUCUCUCUCCCCCUGUCCGAGACACUGGACUCUUCAACCCUGCUUCCCCUCUCUCCCCCGCACUGGAACCCCAGGAGGUUGACUCUUCUCUGGAGGGCCAGGCUCCAGACGGCUCCUUCGCAAACCGUAAUGGCCGCCACGCUGUGGGCAACGUGGAUGACUUCAGCGCCCUGCAGCAGCAGAUCCUGGAGGGGCGUGUCCUCAUCGGCAAGAUGGAGGCUGCCCUCCAGGCCACCACCAACCACGCCCUGCUGGAGCUCAGCCUGGACAAGCCUGUGGACCCUGGCUGUGUGAGGCGUCUGUUGACUAGCACUAAGACCCUGAGGCAGAUCCUUGAGGAUGCCAGCUCCCUGCUCAGAAUGUUCUGGAGGGCAGCACUGCCCAGUAGUGAGGGGUCUACUCAGAGCACCAAGAAGGAGCUGUCUCUAAAGGAGGUCCACUCGAUGCAUCAGCGGAUCUCGGAGCAGGAGGAGGCUCUAAAGGACGCCAUGGAGAGACUGAAGAGCUCCAACCGCACCAAAGACAGCAUGGAACACUUCAUCGUCAGUCAACUGUCAAGAACAAAGGAUGUCUUGAAGAAGGCACGGACAAACUUAGAGGAGAACGAGCAGAGAAUGUCCUCCCUUGGCCUCACUUCUUUCCCCACCCCCUCUUCCUCCCAUCACUGGGUUGGUAAAGGUGAAAACCCAAGAGGCUUCUGUGAGCUCACCCAGUCUGCUGGUUGGGGUAUCGUGAAACCCCAGAUCCAGGCUCCAUCACCCAGGAUUCCUACGGUCCCGUGGCCUAAUACCCAGGGUCUGACCCAGGGGGUUAACAGACCGCGUUCCCUACAGGCAGCCUCCGUGAUGCACCAGCUCCAACUUCCUCCUAAUACUGGGAGACAGGAUACUUCCUGUUGAAACGGGAAACACAGGACAUAAUCUCAGGUUUCUAGUUAAAUAGGGAGAACACUUUAGUUGAGGGGAGACUGUCUGAUAGUCAGUAGGGGUUCAGCCAGGUGCUCUCUGUGAUGCUGUUUUAUGCCAAGCGGAACAGGGGUUAAUGAAUGUCGACGACUGUCUAUGUCAGGUGUUAUGUAUAGUUUAUGUAGGUGUUACGAAGGUACCUCAACUGAAGUAUUUCCCCUAUUUUACCUGAGACAUAAAUUAUGUUUUGAGCUCUAUAUGAAACCUCGUCAAGGAUCCUAUGACAAUCAACCUUGAGCAUCCAGGAAUAGGGGCUUUUAAAAAGCCAAACAAGACUAAAGUGCUUCCUUUUCGCUUCUAACAAGGCUAGAUUGUAAGUGUGUGUAUGUGUAAAGUAGUUGCAUGUUGUUUGAGGGAAAAAAGCCAUAUUUAUAGAUGUUAGAUACCUUGUUUGUUUCCUGUUUCGUACGAUACUUCUUCUGCCAUUGAAAUGGUAUGUUACUGAUGUCACAAGAUGUAAACACUAUUCAGAUUUUAAAGAUCCUAUGGAUGGGUUGACCCUAGAACUGUCUUCCUGCUGAAAUGCUAGAACCUGGAACCAUACUAUAGAUGUAAAGAUUGUUCCCACCUUUAAAUCAGACAUACUGCUGCCAGCUGCAAUACAUUCAACUAUGACCUGCUGAUUUAUUCCAAUGACCUAUUUAAGAAAGUGACCGGAGCAUUUGGUGCUUGGUCCAAAAUAAGUUAACAUUUUUAAAGUUUUAAAUUUUAAACAGAAAUGCCUCAGAGGCGAAUGGACCACACAAUGUUUUUCUUUCUCCAAAUUUGUAAAGUCGUUUUAAUUUGGGAUAACAUUCUAAGACAAUUUUUUUUCUAUAUUAUCUUCAUUCGAUUUUUUCUUUUUUUCUGUUGUGGUAACCAUAGAUGUUAUUUACUAUUAACAAAAUCUGUGACAAUCAUCAGCAGGAUAUGUGAAAACCUAGUUACUUACACUGGGAUAUGCAAAGCUGUAUCUGUAUAAGAUGGACUGUAUGUACAUAAUGGCAGGGGUGUACAUUAAAACAGCUUUUUUUCGUGGCAGGCAGGAAGAGGGGGUCUGGUGUCAAGGGCAUGUGUUAUAUACAAAAUAAGAUGUUUUGGGGAGAAGCUUUUCAAUAAAACAGGACUAAAAUAUGAA